GUCUUCAUCGGUAAGCACCUUUAGGCAUAAUUCGCGUUUUGGUCGAAUGGAGCCGAUGCAAAUGUCCACACCAUGUCUUCUUGGAUUUUCGAUGUUCACAAUUACCGACGUAGCCCAUGGCUAAACCACCAUUUCCGUUCCGGUUCCGACUGAACUGCGUGGAUCACUAUCAAACCACACCCUCAGAGUUCGAUCCACCGGUGCUUCCCGUCCAGAGCUUAUCGCAGACUCGAAAUGUCCCCAGGUUUCCGAUCGUUCGGAUUUUCGGGGCGACCGAGACGGGGCAGAAGGUUUGCGCCCAUAUCCAUGGUGCUUUUCCGUACCUAUACAUAGAGUAUGAGGGAGGACUUGAUCCAGAUGAAGUGGAGGCACACAUAUGCACUGUUCGACUAUCUAUCGACCGUGCCCUGGCUGUCAGCUACCGAAAUCCCAACGCGGACCGGAAGCCGAUGUAUGUGGCACACAUCUCCUUGAUAAAAGCGGUGCCAUUCUUUGGCUAUAGUGUUGGAUACAAGUUCUACCUCAAGGUCUAUUUACUGAACCCAUUGCACGUUAACCGCCUGGCCGACCUCCUUGUGCAAGGGGCGAUCCUUGGGCGUGUUAUUCAACCGCAUGAAAGCCAUAUGCAAUAUCUCGCGCAAUGGAUGUGUGACUACAACUUAUACGGUUGUGCUUACAUUGACUGCGCGAAAGUCCGUUUCCGCAGCCCCGUACCUGAGUACCAGGAGCAGAAUGACCCGAAUCACAAGUGGCAUGACGGAUCGAUCCCGAAUGGAUGGACGCUGGACGAAGAGCGCUUCCCCAGGCAAAGUCAUUGCUCAAUCGAGAUUGAUUUAUGUGUUCAGGAUAUACUCAAUCGCCACGAUGUGGAACUAAGAAACAUCCAUCAUGAUUUCUCGGAGCGAUUCGUGCACAUCUCGUCGGACGAAAAGCUCGUCCGCUCUAUGGCGGCGCUUUGGAAAGACGAGACGAUACGCCGGAAACGAAGAAUGGGACUUACCCAUCCAUCGUCGAGCCCGUUUCCCUCGGAGGUCCUGGUGUCCAUGUCUGCCGACGAACGUAAUGCGGAAGCCGCAGGCUGGAUUCAUGAGGAGGAGUUUCGCGACACUAUCAAAGAUAUCAUCGAUCAAGAGCGCAGCGCUUCGGAUGCUCCGCCAGAUUUCGACAAGUUCAUCCGGCAUCCGAAACGCGAAGCUAAGAUCCAGACCGCCUUUGAGAGCAUCACCGAACUGUAUCCCGACAGGCUGCAUAGAACGGUUAGACGCGAGCCCGCUGAACAUACGCAGCUUGCUCGAGUAGAGAAUGCCUUUGUUGACGAGUCUCGCAUUGCCGCAGAAUUGUCCCCAGCAAACGAAACGGUUUCAGUAGAGGAUUUGGAUUCCGUUCAAGGUCAGGUCGUAGCGGAGGACGGAAUCGAUCGCCCACAGACUCCAUAUAGCCAUGAGAAAUCAGACCUCGAUCUCGCGGAUGACUUGGAUAAACAGGCACCUCAACCAAGGAGUCAAGCCGAUAUCCUUCAGCGGAUAGAGCUGCACAAGCGGGCGCUGGACCGCAGCUUGUCCGAGCUAUCGGAUCGUCAAUCCAAGCGACGAAAAAUGGGUAGCAAAGGGCAAAGCUUAGAAGAACUCCUGUCACUCACCGGCAACUCCUUCGGUGAAGUUCGUGCUUCUCACGAUCAUUUUCCACCAUCGGUUGGCGAGUCCAAUCUCAGCAUUACUGAGACAAAUGAGAUCAUGCCUGAUGAAAAGGAAGACUCUGUUGUACAAGCGUCAUCGCAGAUGUCAUUUCAAGGCAGAGAAGAGAGGAGCUCAUCCCAACUUCCUUUCCCGGUUGUCAAGAACCCGAAUCAUCCUGAAACGGUGCUAAGGGUUAGCCAACGGACGGAAUUCACAAGUUCUCGAAAGUCACAACUUGCAGAUUUAGUCCACGAUGAAACACAGCAUCUACAAAGUGAUGCCUCGUCAGAAGCGACUAAUUUGCUGAAGGGAUCGAAGGCGACCGCGACCUCGACUUCAUCGGACGGUCCGAGCCAAAGCACAGCACAAGUUUUAGCACUAGCAGAUGAAGCUCGAAAGUCGUUUCCACCUGCCACACAGACACAAAUAGUGUACUUUGCCCACUCCCCACCAACUAUAAGCGAUGUCGAAACCACCAUGCUUGACUAUGGGCUGCCGUCUGUCAUCUACCAGGACGCAUACUACAGCAAGGAAGAAGACGUUCCGGACCGAACAAGAGAGUACGCGGGUAGGGCAUUCAAACUACAAAGUAACACGCUCCCUUUUCUACCGCCCUUCGAUCCUACUGGACUUGGUGAUGCAAGUUACGGAAAAACUGUGCCUGUCCCAAACGUCCAGACGCAAGAAAUAGACCAUGGCAUACGAAGAGCCAGGUGCACGUUCCUGAACUGGGAGAUCAAGGCUCCACCCCCGACCCAUGCCGAAGUGUCGGAGUGGCUAAAGCAGGAGGACAAAGAGAAACGGGCCGAACCGGUUCCUUCGCAGCAGUCAGUUGGGAAGUCGGUUUCAAACCGGUCCGGACAAUCGAGGACUGGGGCGGAUCUGUCACAGAUCGGUGGUCCGACCCAAAAGAACAAGCACGGCGCAAAAUACGCACAGCAAGCGAAGUCGGACGGCAUCGAAUAUGAGGCCCAGUACAUGAGUAUCAUGAGUCUGGAAGUGCAUGUUAACUCUCGAGGCGCUCUUACACCCGAUCCCGAGGAGGACGAAAUCUCUUGCAUCUUCUUCUGCGUUCAGACGGACGACCAUGAAGAUGAGUUCGACGACGGUAUGCGCAAAGGGAUCCUUACUUUAUCCGAGGGCGAUGGCAUUGCCAGGAAGAUCCAGAAGGCGGUAAAUGUGGAGGUCAUGUAUGAGGAGGAGGAACUUGACCUCAUCAAUCGCUUCGUUGGCAUCGUCCGCGAGAUCGAUCCUGACAUCCUCACUGGAUAUGAAGUCCACAAUGGCUCGUGGGGAUACCUCAUCGAGCGAGCGCGAGUCCGGUUCGAGUACAACCUCUGCGACGAACUCUCUCGAGUCAAGUCCGCCGCGAACGGUCGGUUCGGCAAAGAUGCCGACCGCUGGGGUUUCACGCAUACCAGCGUCAUUCGCAUAACUGGCCGGCAUAUGAUCAACAUCUGGCGGGCCAUGCGAGGGGAGCUGAAUCUGUUGCAGUACACGAUCGAGAAUGUGGCGUUUCAGGUCCUGCAAAAGCGCAUUCCCCACUUCUCCUUUGAGGAUCUCACGAAGUGGUACACCAGCACGAAGCCGCGCGAGCUAGCCAAGACGCUGAGCUAUUUCUUGUCCCGCGUCCAGCUCAAUCUGGAGAUCCUGGACGCCAACGAGCUCAUUCCGCGGACGAGCGAGCAGGCGCGAUUGCUGGGUGUGGACUUCUUUUCGGUCUUCUCGCGUGGAUCGCAGUUUAAGGUCGAGUCGCUCAUGUUCCGCAUUGCCAAACCCGAGAACUUCAUCCUCGUGUCGCCGAGCCGGAAGCAGGUGGGACAGCAGAACGCGUUGGAAUGUCUGCCGCUGGUGAUGGAGCCGCAGAGUGACUUCUACAGCUCGCCAGUGCUGGUGCUUGACUUUCAGAGCCUGUAUCCUAGUGUAAUGAUUGCAUACAAUUACUGCUAUUCCACCUGCCUGGGGCGGGUAGCGCCAUGGCGAGGAACGAAUAAACUCGGAUUCACGACGCUAGAGCGUCAGCCUGGUCUCCUUGAAUUACUGGAGAAGGAUAUCAACGUCGCUCCGAACGGAUUGAUGUACGUCCGACCCAACAUCCGAAAGUCCUUGCUCGCCAAGAUGCUGUCGGAGAUCCUCGAGACGAGAGUCAUGGUCAAGUCAGGCAUGAAGCAAGAUAAGGACGACAAGACAUUGCAACAACUGCUCAACAACCGGCAAUUGGCACUGAAGCUCAUCGCAAACGUCACGUAUGGCUAUACCUCAGCGAGCUUCUCGGGACGAAUGCCGUGCGCCGAAAUCGCGGACAGCAUCACCCAAUCCGGCCGCGAAACGCUGGAACGCGCAAUCGCAAUAAUCCACUCCGUCGAGCGAUGGGGAGCCGAAAUUGUCUACGGAGACACCGACAGCUUGUUCAUCCAUCUCAAAGGACGGACGCGCGAUGAUGCGUUCCGAAUCGGUAACGAAAUCGCUGACACCAUAACCGCCGCAAACCCGCGGCCCAUCAAGCUGAAAUUCGAGAAGGUCUACCAUCCGUGCGUCCUCCUUGCCAAGAAGCGGUACGUCGGAUUCAAAUACGAGCAUCCGAACCAGGCGGUUCCGGAGUUCGACGCCAAGGGCAUCGAGACGGUCCGACGCGACGGUACAGUCGCCGAGCAGAAAAUCGAGGAGACAGCGCUGAAGAUGCUCUUCCGGACAGCGGACCUGAGCCAGAUCAAAGCGUACUUCCAGGACCAAUGCCGCAAGAUCAUGGAAGGCCGCGCCAGCGUGCAAGAUUUCCUCUUCGCGAAGGAAGUCAGGCUCGGCAAUUACUCCGACCGCGGUCCGCCUCCGCCAGGGGCCCUCGUCGCGACCCGUAAAAUGUUCGCAGAUCGUCGCACGGAACCGCAGUAUGGCGAGCGCGUCCCGUAUGUGGUCGUCACCGGCGCGCCUGGCGCUCGCUUGAUCGAUCGGUGCGUCGACCCGGAGCAGCUCCUGAACGACGACGCCCUGGAGCUGGACGCGGAGUACUAUAUCAGCAAGAACCUCAUCCCACCGCUCGAGCGGAUCUUCAAUCUGGUCGGGGCGAACAUCCGGGGGUGGUACGACGAGAUGCAGAAAGUGCAGCGGAUUCGUGCGAUCGCGCCGACGGGCGGUGGAGGGGGGAUGGGAAAGACGCUGGAGAGCUAUAUGCGGAGUGAGAAUUGCUUGCUUUGUCGAGCGAAGCUGCCAAAGAGGACGGACUUAGAACAGGAGCUCCUCGAUACGGAUGACGUCUUGCCCAUAUGCAAGGAUUGCUUGCACGACCCGGCGCAAACGGCCUUGCUGCUUCGGCGACGGAUUCAGAUGGCCGAGACUCGGGUGCGGGAUAUCGACGCGGUUUGCCGGACCUGCGAGAACACGGCGUUUGGGGACGAGGUGAGCUGCAACUCGAAGGAUUGUCCGGUAUUCUAUACCAGGGUCAAGGAGCGGGCGAAAUCGAGAGCGGUUAAAGGGAGUACGGAGGUGGUGUUGAAGAAGUUGGAGAGGAAGGCGUUGGAAUGGUAGCGGUUUGCAUCGGAGCGCGGGACUGGUUGCAGCAUGGGACGGUUGGGUUGGAAACGCUACCCCAGGUGUUUACUUCUAUGGACAAUAGAAAGCCUUAUCUAUCAGAGUAUACCUUAUUAGGAUCGCAGUGCAUCCAUAUCUUCUUUAUUCAACCCUUGGACUCUGUACGGAGUCAGAGAUGGAUACUAUUCGUCCCCUAAAUGCCGAAUAUCUCACCCCACUGGAUAAUUCCUCCCUCACAUCCGCCAAUGAAUCCAUGAUCCAGCCAUAAAAAAGGUUAUCAAACCAUGUCCAUGACCAUCCGAGUCUGGAUCCAGGUCU